UGAGAGAGAGAGAGAGACAUGGCGCCUCGAUGCUGCGCUCACUGAGCCAGUGUUUGGAGCCGGUUAGAAAGAUUCUGCACGGGCAUACAGGAAUAAAAUAGACAUGGUGAACACGAGGAAAAGCUCACGACCAGUGAGCACCCCCUUCAUCUCAUCCAGGACCAGGUCGUCGUCGAGAAUCCAGCGAAACUCUGAGGAACAUAAAGAACCUGUUAGCGAUGUGAGCAGUGCAAGUAGCCCACGAAUGCAGCCACCCUCCAAGCGGACGCGGCGGCAGACUGCUUCUGAGCCAAGCUCCAGAGAUACUUCACCUUCUCCUCAGGCUAAGGGGCAGAGGGUCAGCUGGGGUCUCCCCACUUACCGCACAAGGUUAUCAUCUCGUAUUAUGCAGAACGGACAUGCUCAUAUGAACCACUGGAAUAAGGACAGUGGCGCGGGAGACCACUCUCGAAUGAAUGGCCAUGUGGAGCUUAAGAGGAGCUGCCGGGUGAGAAAGAACAAAUUUGAACACCUGAACCAGAGUCUGCUCUUCGACCAACUGGUCAACAGCACUGCUGAGGCUGUCCUUCAAGAGAUGGACAACAUCAGUAGCAUCAGGCAGAACCGAGAGGUCGAGCGACUGCGCAUGUGGACUGGAGAGACCGAGGAGGAAAACAUUGACAUGUAUUCUCGAGUGAAGCGCAGGAAAUCCAUGCGCAGGAACAGCUUUAGCAUGCCUGCUCACCACAAAGCCAUGAAUAAAACGGAGGAUGAAGAGGAGGGGACGGAAGAAUCCCACGGAGACGACGAAGAAGAAGAAGAAGAAGAAGAGGAGGAUGCAGAUGAUGAUGAAGGGGAUGAAGCAGAAGAGGCAGAAGAGGAAAACCGACCGUACAACUUGAGGCAGCGCAAGGCAGUGCAGCGAUACGAGGCACCACCCAUCGAACCUGUCAACAGAAAACCGAGCAAUCUCUCACUUUUUGACACGCACAGAUCCCCUGCAAGAAGAAGCCAUAUACGAGUGAAGAAACACGCCAUUCACAGUAGUGACACGACUUCAUCUUCUGACGAGGAGCGCUUUGAGAGGAGAAAAAGCAAAAGCAUGACUCGAGCAAGAAACAGAUGUCUGCCAAUGAACUUGAUGGCUGAGGAUUUAGCCAGCGGGGUUCUACGAGAUCGGUCAAAAGUCGGUGCCAGUUUGGCUGAUGUGGAUCCCAUGAACCUUGAUACCUCUGUGAAGUUUAACAGUGUUGGUGGUCUAGGCAAUCACAUUAAGGCACUGAAGGAGAUGGUAGUGUUUCCACUGCUUUAUCCUGAGGUGUUCGAGAAGUUCAACAUUCAGCCUCCCAGGGGGUGUUUGUUCUACGGUCCUCCGGGAACUGGAAAGACACUGGUGGCACGGGCGCUUGCCAAUGAGUGCAGCCAAGGUGACCGUAAGGUUUCUUUCUUCAUGAGGAAAGGAGCCGACUGCCUCAGCAAGUGGGUUGGUGAAUCUGAACGGCAGCUGCGCCUGCUCUUCGACCAGGCUUACCUGAUGAGGCCGUCGAUCAUUUUCUUUGAUGAAAUUGAUGGGUUGGCCCCAGUACGUUCCAGCAGGCAAGACCAGAUAUACAGUUCGAUUGUGUCUACUCUUCUGGCCUUGAUGGAUGGCUUGGACAGUCGUGGGGAGAUAGUGGUCAUUGGUGCUACAAACAGACUUGACUCUAUUGACCCAGCACUCAGGAGGCCUGGACGAUUUGACCGGGAGUUUCUGUUCAACCUGCCUGACAAGAAGGCCAGAAGGCACAUCCUCCAAAUCCACACACGUGACUGGAACCCUAAACUUGCUGAGCCAUUUGUGGAUGAGCUUGCAGAAAAAUGUGCCGGCUACUGUGGUGCUGACAUCAAAGCACUUUGUACCGAGGCAGCUUUGGUGGCGCUACGCCGCCGCUACCCACAGAUCUAUGGCAGCAGUGUUAAACUGAAGCUGGAUGUCACCUCAAUUGUCCUUGGGCCAGGCGACUUCAGCAAGGCCAUGAAGACAAUCGUUCCAGCUUCUCAGAGAGCCAUUGCUCCCUCAGGCAGAGCCUUGUCCCCUCCCCUCCAGCCUUUGCUGGCCAGCUCUUUCUCCUUGGUGCUCAAAGCUCUGCUCCGGGUCUUUCCACAAGGUCAUUCAACAGACCGGGACCACACACAUGACGGUGACAAUCAACUGUUUGAAGAGGACUUGUACAGCGAUGAUGACAAUGAUGACCACUCUGCUUCCAUUUAUGAAGACCGAACUACGGCGUCCCCAAAGAAUCUGCCCUGCUUUUCUCCAACACACAGACCUCUUCUCCAUUUCUCGUGCUCUGCCAUCCAACAGCCCACAGCAUAUCGACCCCGUCUUUUGCUGGCUGGGGCUCCAGGCUCAGGACAGAGUACACAUAUGGCCCCUGCAUUACUGCACCACUUGGACAAGCUGCCUGUUCACCGCCUUGACCUCCCCACUCUCUACUCCAACAGCGCUAAGACGCCGGAGGAGUCGUGUGCUCAGGUUUUCUGCGAGGCUCGUCGGAGCAUGCCCAGUGUGGUCUUCAUGCCACAAAUCACAGAAUGGUGGGAGACAGUGAGCGACACUGUCAGGAGCACCUUCCUCACCCUGCUACAAGAUUUACCCUCUUUUAGUCCUGUUCUCUUACUGGCUACUGCGGAGACUCACUACUCACAGCUGUCAGAGGAGGUGAGAAGCAUGUUCCAGAGGACCUACGGGGAGGUGGUAACGCUGUGUCCCCCUGGAGAAGAGGAAAGGAGAAACUUUUUCACUGACCUGAUUUUAGUACAAGCAGCAAAGGCCCCUCUACGCCAUCGAACCACAGUGAGAUGUUCAGAGACCCUGCCGGUUGCGGAAGCUCCAGGGCACAGAGUUUUGUCCGCUGAAGAGCAGCGACGCCUCGUUGAACAGGAAGAAGACACACUUCGGGAACUCAGGCUUUUUCUCAGGGACGUAACCAAACGCCUGGGCACUGACAAGCGGUUUAAUGUCUUCCGUAAACCGGUUCAUAUUGGAGAGGUGUCAGACUAUUUGGAAGUUAUUCGUCAGCCCAUGGACCUUUCUACCGUCAUGACUAAAAUUGACACCCAACAAUACUUGACAGCGAAAGACUUUCUGGUGGACAUCGACCUCAUCUGCAGCAACGCUUUAGAGUACAAUCCUGAUAAAGACCCUGGAGACAAGGUGAUCAGGCACCGAGCAUGCAGUUUCAAGGACACUGCCCACGCCAUAUUUGCUUCCGAGCUGGAUCCAGAGUUUGAUCGAAUGUGCGAGGAAAUCAAGGAAGCAAGGAAGAAGCGGGACCACCAGACCCCGACUCUGCCCACUCCUGUGGAAACCAGGAAGCCCCAAACCCAGAGUGAGGAGCCAUCCAGGAAACGUGUUCCAUCUGAAAUGAUGGACACAGAAGAUGCCCCAAUUACAGUUAUAAAAAGAAAGCUUCGCCGGCGGUCAGCGUGGGGAAGAGGAAUUAUCCGCAAGAAAAAGAUUUACAAGAAAGAAACUGAAGGGGAGGAGGAAGAGUAUGAACCUGAGGCAGAGUUGGGAGCUACAGGGCCCAGUGACAUGUGUUUGACACUGGAUGAGGAUUCGUCAUGCGACACCACAGGCACUCAGGCCAAUGGCCAUCAUCCUCACGUCUCUUCCAUGGAGGAGGAAAGCUCCAAUGAACCUCCUGUUGAACCCCCAGCAGUAGGUGAUUCACAUGACAAGCCAGGACCUAAGGAGCAGCGAGCCAAACCGGGGGCCAAUAGUACUAGAAAACACUCACUGAGCGAAAUGUUGGAGUCUUCCGCUGCUGAAACUCAGUCCAAGCUUGCUGACGGCCUGUCAGUUCAGACGGACUGCGUGAACGGGAACGAGUCGAUGGAUAGUGUGGACUCACUAAGCCUAAGAACACAUGAGGUUGAAAAAAGGACUCCUCAGGGCCCGGCUACCCCGCCGGAACAAGACAAGCACAAAGACAAACAUGAGGUGACACCAACUCAGGAGCCCCCUCUCCAACAUAGGAGCAUGACAACAGCAGAUGAAAAGGGAGAUCGAGACAAAGAAGGGGAAAUUGAAAAUGGCAAGCAGAGUUCAUCAGAAGAGCAUCAUGCGGGAUCUUUGGAAAGAGCAGAAGAGGCGAUGCAACCAGUUCCACCCCCACGCCCUCCAGUUGUGGUCGACUACCAGCGACUUUCGGCUCUUUUGGACGCAGCAGUGAGGAAGAGCGAAGGCUUCAGCGUGGAGCAGCUGGAGAGACUGUACUCCGUUCUCAGCCAGUGUAUCUUCCAGCACCGCAGAGAGUACAACAAGAGCCAACUACUAGAGGAGAUGGAGGAGAGAAUCCAGCAUUUUGAUACAUUCCAGUAAGAUGUUCACUCGUCAGGUCGAUCCUGAACCAACCGGGGGACCACCACACAUCAACAAAGAACACAAGAACCCAGCACCUGCUCCUGGUUGGAGAAACCGUGUGCAGGUCAAGGUAAUGGACAUUCUUUGGUGCUAUCAUCUCAGGAACCUGGACUGAUCCAGAUGCAUUCUACACAACCAAACCCUUGGAGGUGUGUCUCACACUUGCAAACAUGCAGGCAUACACAACAGUGGUGCUACUGUGUCAACCCACUCCAUGCUGCUCUAAACCAACUAGCAAGACCAACAGACAUAUCGGGUGAUGUCAAAUAUCAGCUGUGCUACACACUCUCAACCCUGUGCAUGCAUCUCCGGUGACACACACGCAGACUCUCACCAGCAGAAGUGUGAAUACAGAGCAGGCCAGGACAGUUAAUGUUCUGCAUCACUGAUGUAUGUUGCUGAGCCAAUCCUGCCCUUGAGCGGAGCGUCGCACCGCAGGCCGGCUAUUACCGCGCUAUUAUGCGCCUCUUUUUCCCCCCCCCACGUCCCCCCCUCAGCUAUUUCAGCUACUCGAUCAGUUCAAUAUCUGAGCCACCGUCAAGGAUACUCGCCCCGAAGAGUAGUUUACUGAGAAGUUUGAGCUCGAACAUGUUUGAUGAGGUUAGCGCGGCGGGACGAGAGCACAUUAUGUCCUUUCCAUUACCGGAGUCAUCAGGUGUGAAAAGCUUUUUAGCCCCUCAGUGUCCCGUCGGUCAUCUGCGGAAACCUCCCUUAGAAUGUUAACGCUCUAACCCCCUCUGGUGUUCGCUCCUAGCCGAAUUUGUUCGACUAAAUAGUUGGUGUCCCUCCUUUCAGCCUGAAUGUUUCCCCCUGUUCACUCACUCUGUCGAGCUGGAACAGAGCUUGCGCUGCCUAGUGUGUGCCUUAGUCGGAUUCUAUUUAUCUGUUGGAGGAUGAAUUAAAUAUCUAAUAAUAUGAAUUAAAUCAAAUUAAUCAAAUAAAAGGUCAAAUGUAAAAAAAUGAACUUUUGACAUUUGACUUCUGCUACACCGUGUUGUUUUUCGCUUCUAAAAUAAAAUUGUUUUUGUUCACAUAGUUAGUUGACCUGUUCCGUCGCUGCAUCUACCGGGUGUCACCACAUAAAGUGGCUCUCUGUUCAACUGACCUGAUUCCACCUGCGUCCCCUCUUUUUGCCCGUCCAGCAUGAGUCGAAGUCACCAAAAAGGGCAAAGCCGACAGAAAAACACACACCAGCUUUCCGACAUUUUCAUAUGCAAAAACAGAUUCCAACUCUUGUGCCAAGCAUUGUCCCGCCUCCUCAAUGGUGCUCAUCUUGUUUCGUAUUUUUAUACAUUUCUUUUUUUAUAAUCAGCAAUUUUUAUUCUUUUCAGUGGAACAAUUAUAACAGUAAAUAAAGGAGGACAAUUUAAUGUUUUGGUAAAUAGAUGUCCAAAAUUUCUGGCCAAUGGGACAGAACCACAACACGUGUGUCAGAGUGCCAACAUCAGAUUCACAUCUCCAACAAUUGGAGCUGUCUCUCAGACCCACUCUGUGUAGCCUUGAUGGUGACCAGUAGAUCCUGGUUAUAAUUUUAAAUUGCCAAACCAAUCUUAUUUUAAGCUCUCUAGAUGUUUUUUUUUUUUAAUUCUUUAAAAUGUUCCAUUCAUUCUCUGAUAUUUUAGUAUCAAGAUCAUUCUCCCAAGCUAACUUGAGGUUUACGCCUUUAGGUGUUUGUUUUUUCAGCAACAAAGACUUUGUGACUUUGGUGGUAUUUUUGAUGCAGAUCCAAAGGUUUGGCACAAAAGAUGUCAAAUCUGUAAAUACCUCCAGAACUGCUGUUGUAUGAGGGAGACACACUAAAGUCAUUUACAAGUCCUCCAAUGUAUUUAUUCCUGAUUCCACCCAGUCUUUCCAAAUGAAAGGCUUUUUUUAUCAAUUUCUAGUUUUGGGUUCAACCAGAUACAUGAAGAAGACUUCAAAUGUGGAUCAUUGUUGAAUAUUUUUGAAAUGAUUUUCCAUAUCCACUUGAGGUUGGACACUAUUGGAUGGGAGCUGGUCUCUUUGGGCAGGACUGAUCUAAUUCAGUGAAUUGGUUGGAGAGAUUGAUUCAGUGUAUGUUCAAUGGUUAACCAGGGAGGGGCUCACUCAGGUGGCGAAGACCAGUGUGCUAGAUGUCUGAGGCUAAAGGAGUAGUAGUAAAAUAACAGGUUGGGUACACCCCGACCACCGUGGGCCGCAGGUUUUUUCGCAAUUUCAACAGGCUUAAUCGUGGCCAUUUACCAAUCCACAGAAAUUUAUUACACAACCUAUCAAAUUGUUGAAAAUAAUUUAAAUUUUAAUUGGAAGGGUCUGAAAUACAGUUAAAUUUGGGAAUACAACAUUUUUGAGUGAGGAGGGAAUUCAAUUCAUAUUUGAGACAGGCUAGCGAGUUAACAGUAUCUGGUGACUUAUUUCUUAUGUAACUCUCUUCCUCUGUCUUAAUAUUUAUUUCCAACUCUGCCUGUCUGUUUUUUUUCUGAAAGGAUGCAUAUUGUGUAAUGUGACCUCUAAGAAAAGCUUUCCUAGCCUCCCAUGCAACAUUACUAGAUGUGGCUGUUGGUAGGUUUGUCUCUUUGUAGAUGUCGAUUUGAGAUUCUCUAAAGUCAUCAUCUAAAAGAAGGCUAGAGUUCAUUCUCCAAAGUGGUGUUCUAGCACACUUGUUAAGUGGCAUAACACUUACUAUGAUAUGUGAAUACUUCCAAUGCUACUUGAAACUGAAGAAGACUUGUGUGCACAAGAUUAGUAUGUAGUCAAUCCUUGAGAAAGAUCCAUGGGGUGAAGAAUAAAAAGUAUAUUCCCUGAAUGUUGGAUUUUGCAGACGCCAGAUGUCUACUAGACCCAUAGAUUCACACAUCUGUCUUAGUGGAUUGGCUGAUUUACAGGGGCGGUUUAAUGGAGGGUGUCUAUCAAGUACCACAUCCCAAACGUGAUGAAAAUCACCACCAAUGAUGAGUGGAUACUUUCCCAUCGCUUUAGUCUGCACUCUAAGUGGCUAACGAAAGAUGGAUCUUGCGUAUUUGGUGCAUACACUCUUGCUAAAAUAACUGUGAGACCUUGACGUUCAACCCGAGUUAUCACAAUCCUUCCAGAGUCAUCUCUAGACUCUUUAAUAAAUUUACAUUGAACGUUUAUUGAUUGUGAUAGCGACACCCGUAUUAUUUGUAGUUCCAGGUGAAAAAGAAAAAUGUCCUUCUCAACUAGUGCAGAGUUUUCUGCUUUCUUUUUCUACCAAGUGUGUUUCCUGGAUAAAAACCCACAUCGCAACGUUUAGAAUUAAGGUAGGCCAUCACCUUCCUUCUCUUAACUGGUGCCUGCAAACCCUUAACGUUUAAACUCAGGUAGUUUAAAUACUUCAGGCUAUGUGACUGCAUUAACUGUCCAGGAAAAAUGGUCCCUGUCUAUUUCAACAUCGGCCAUCGUAUAGGUGACAUAUAUAUAUAGGUGACAUAAAAAAAACACAAACAGAUAACGCUCCAGUGAACAUUCCUAGAGCGAAACAUUAACAAUGAACCAAACACUCCUAACUGCAUUUGAACAACGCGUAAAGUCCUAACAAAAUGGUCCGUGACUCAUAGUCAAAGGCUGUCAAUGACAACAAGCCCGCCUCAUGGCAAAGUUAUAUUUAACUAAGGCAGUAUGUGAUCUUAGCUAGUUUCUACAGAAGAACUACAUCACAUCUCCUAGAACCUCGUAGAUGGUUAGUAUUUCUGUAUAAGUGCAAAAGUAAAUAUAUCAGAAGAUUAUUUCAAACUCGUGAAAACUAUUCAAUAUUAUCAAACGCAAAAGGACACAGAUUCUUACAUACUUGUAUAGCUAAAGCUUGACAAGGAUCUGGAGAAUCUGCCACAUAUAAUAAUUAUCGAGAUACCUGGUCUCAAUCCAGUAUGUUUACGGUACUCUGCGUCGUCCAUGACACCACCAGUCCGUUAUUAUGUUGAAUCAGUUACAGUGAUCCAAUAUAUUCCAGAGCCUUUUUUGGGUCGUCAAAUUCACGCCGUCGGACGGAUUACCAGGAUGGCCUGGAAGCGAAUGGAAAAUCCGAUACGCCAUUCGUGUAGCAUUUCCUUGCACUAUUUGAAGCCCCUCCUCAAAUCACUCACCGCCUUGGUGUGAUCAGGGAAUAUCAUAAUAUGAUGACCGCUCCAGAUGAGCUUUCCUUUGUCCCUUGUAGCUUGCAGGAUUCGGUCUUUGUCUUGAUAGCGGAGGAACCUGGCUAUUAUAACUCUUGGUGACCGUACGUCGUCUCUGUGUGAGCGCGAUCUAUUUCCAGGCCUGGUAUAAAGUUUAUGUCAAGCAGUUCCGGAAUCACUCCUGUUCGGAAUUUUAGCACACCCUCGGCCUCACAGGACUCGGGAAAGCCAACAAAGACCAAAUUAUUACGGCGACUUCUGGAUUCCAGAUCAUCCACACGCCGACGGAGAGACUCAAACUCCGAUGGCUUAACAGGUGGGUCUGCUCUGAGCCGCUUGUCACCAUCCUCCAGAUGACUCUCCACAUCAGUCAAACGUGUGGUGAUGUCUUCUUCCAGCUUGCUGUUUUGACUACUGGAGAUUUCCCUCAGAAUGCUGUAUAUGUUCGCAAUGUCGGAACCAAUUUUGCCCGACUGAUGAACUUGCCGUAUUUACUCUGUAGGUGACACAGUUGUCAUUUUCCCGAGAUUGGUCCUGAUCCCCAGAAGAGAGCCACGAUGCUAGCUUUGAUCCACCUGUAUCUUCACAUUCACCGAUCGACUCCUUCGUUAGCUUAGCCAUGUUAGCUCGUUCACAGUUCUUGGAAACUGUACUUUUCCCUGUUGCUGUCUUAUGACUUGGCAUCUUGUGUAAGGUGGUGUCGUUUUGUUCUUGAUAGUAGUUCCUCAGUUUUCUCGCCUUUUGCGGUAUUGAGCAAGUUUUAUCGCCACGUUAGCAGGAGCCCGUUCUCAAGCAGCCAUCGCCGUCAGUGCGUCACGUGACUCCAUUUUUAUACAUUUCUUUUUUAUAUUUUGAAUUCGAACAAGGCCAUUCUAGGCAGUGCACAUCACAGACGUGUACAAAUCACCACUUCAUUUUUCCGCAAACCCGCCGUACCCCUCCCCCGCCCCCCACUUAUUACGAUCCCGACUUCAACACCAGCAGAGGCCAUGUGCAAACUGGUUUGCCGCUUGGACUACUGCAGAGUGAGAAACCAAAGCUACCUCAGCUUAAUUUAUCGAGAACUGUUUACUGGGUACAUUAUAGAAAUUUACUUUAACAAGAUACUGUCGGAACAUCUACAGGUACCAGACGAGUGCACCCGCAGCUACUUCAGUUAUCCAAGGUUUUCUCUGUCUGUUUUGUUUGAGCCAGAAACCCCACGUCAAGUAUUGUGUUCUGCUUUGAGUUCUCAUCUCCCUGUUAUUUAUUCUAUACACUUUAACGUGUUUUUUUGUACUUUUACACUUUCUUUUCUUUUUUUUUUUUUUAUGACUAUAAUUUUUGUGUAGCGUUUGUGUAGCAAUUUUACUUUUGGCGUGUAAAGGUGGUAAUAUAGGGUUUACAGGUUUCUCAGGUUCAACAACAUCACAGAUUUUUCUAUUUAUUUCAGUGUUUGUUUUGGGUUCUUCACAGACUGCAGCAUACUGGAGGUGUCUGCACCAGACAAAACUGUCUCUUGUGACUUUCCGCUCCACUUUUUUGCCAAAAUAAUUAACUCUCCUUACUAAUUCAAAAGUGUGUCGGGAAAUGAAAAUAUAUGGGUAGUUAAAUGUCAUACAUUGUGAUUUUCCUUUUGUGAUUACAAAUGAAUUGCUAGCCCUUUGGACUAACAACCAAUUUUUGUCUGGUAGUUGAGACGACAAAGUCCAGUAUGCAGAAGGAACAAGUUUGUGCUCUCUCUUACCCAAAUAAAAUGUUCUUCCCUGUUUGUUUAUGGCUUUUACUUCAGACUUUUCAUAGCUCUUUCCAUUUGAGUGUUUUAAACUCACCUGUUUGAAAUUGUUUCUUUAGUGUAACUUAUGUUUGCAAUUAAACUUUUACUGUAAUUCUUAAAUAAACUGCUGUUAUAUACUUGAAUAAAGGUUCAAACUAUAAAUAAAUUGUUAGUUUUGUUUUUAUUUGUGAGUUAAAGGGCAACAUUUUAGCCCAUUGCUGCGUUUUUAUCCGACUGUCUCCAAUUGGGGGGCGAUAAAUGUGCUGAAAACAACUCUCGCGUUUAAGCUCAUAUGGAGAAGAAGAAGCCUCUGGUCACGUAAAAAGGUAAACAUACAUCCACUUUGUGUUUCUCUGCAUGCUGUUGCAAAUUCCCGUGAUGCUAAUGCUCUGCAUGCUAACAUCAUCUAGUGUUGAACACACACUCAAGGCCAGAGUUGGAGGGAAAGCUUGAAACCUUCAUGGAAGAAUGCGACGUCUGCAGGGGUGAGUGACACUUUUACUGGCGUGUUGUAUUACUAUAGUAUUACGUUAAAACAGUCUAUUUUGUGAUGUGUUUAAAUUGGUGUUGUUUAACUCAGCGUCUCAUUUAGUUGUCACUUUUAUGACAGGGGAAAAAAGCUUCUGUCAAGCUAUUAUCUGUCAACUAAACAAAGGUUUCCACCUUCCUUUCUUCAUUAUACAAGUUAAUGGCCCUCUCUGGCCUACAAUAGCCCUUUUUUUUAAAUGUUUGCAGCACGGAUUGAAAUUUUUCUGGACAAUUUUUUGACUCCACAACAUUUGCCAUAGAAAUGUGGGAUGAUUUGC